GGUAAGAGCAGUCUCAUCACGCAAGCAUGUACGUGUAGGUAAGCACCUGCAAGCCGGACGCUACUAGGUUCUAGGUUAAGUACCCCCUACCUUAGGUAACCUACAUACAUGAGGUAGUAAUGUCCUCAUCCUUUCAGCUCUUCCUCCGUCCAUUAUCUACCACCUAACCUACCAAGGGACCUACAAACAUCCCACGUUCAACAGAAUUACAAGAGCUACUUCAUAAUUAAUACUACCCCUUUCAAACCCGGGAAUUAGUCAUAUUAUCUAACAAUGGCCUCAACCUCAGUAGAACCCAAUGACCUUUUCGGAGUCAAAGGAUUAGUCGUUGUUGUAACGGGCGGGGGAAGUGGCAUUGGUCUCAUGAUGGUAAACGCCCUAGAGAGCAACGGUGCGAUUGUCUAUAUUAUCGGUCGUCGCAAGGAGACCCUAGAGAAAGCUGCUGCUACUGCUAAGCAUGGAAAUAUUCGCAUAAUCCAAGGCGAUGUUUGUAACAAGGCCGACCUUGAGCGGGCCGUCGCUGAGAUCAAGUCAGCAGUAGGAUAUGUCAAUGUUGUAGUCGCCAAUUCUGGUGUAGCUGGCCCUACUAUGGGCGCACUGUCUCAAAACCCCAGUCUCUCGGACUUCCGCAACGUCGUCUUCGGCUGGGAUACGGCCGAAUUCAAUAACACGUAUGCUGUAAACUCUACAGGCGUGUUUUUCACCGUCGCUGCAUUCUUAGAGCUUCUUGACGAAGGUAACAAGCGUGGAAAUCUGAAGCAGAAGAGUCAGGUCAUCGCCACGUCCAGCAUUGGAGCAUACAACAGAAUCCCUGCUGCUGGAUAUGCGUACGGAAGCUCCAAGGCCGGAGUGAUCCACAUGAUGAAGCAGUUGGCAACCGCUCUUGUGCCGUAUAGCAUUCGAUCCAAUGUCAUCGCCCCGGGAUUCUACCCUAGCGAAAUGACCGAGCCUCUGCUCAAAAACCGGCAAACUGAGGAGUGGCCCAAGAGCGUUGUUCCAGAACAGAGAAUUGGCGACCAGGAAGAUAUUGCCGGCGCGAUCCUUUUUCUUGUAAGUAAAGCUGGCGCCUACGUCAAUGGGAAUGUACUGGUGACGGAUGGAGGACGAUUGGGCGUUGUACCUUCUGCGUAUUGAAAUGGUUUAGAAUGACAUGGGGAUAUGGCAAUUACUAUAGCCUGAAAAGGGGCAUCUGCUAGAUCACUUGCAAUAUGAAGAUCUGAGCACAUUAAAUUUGGUAUGAUAUCUGAG